GUUGUCAUUAGCAACCAAACUGGCGUUCGGACCUGAAAGGCUUUGGUUAGCUGUUAUGCUAGCUAGCAAGUAGUUUUAAAAACGCCCAAUAACGUCGACGUAGCCCACAUAAUAUCUACAUUAAGGCCAUUUAUUACACGAAUAAUGGACUCCAGUGCGUUAUCUUACUCUCUGGAGUUUGUUGCCGGUAGUGGACAUACUUUAAACGUUGAACAAAAAACCGCUCUGCAGACUUCCUUACUGAUCCUGAAGAAAAACUACAAGUUCAACCGAGUGUUGUUCUGGGGCAAAAUACUGGGGUUAAAGGAGGAUUAUUUCAUCGCACAAGGAAGAGGAGAAGAUGAGAUGCAGGAUAAAAAGAAUCUCUACAGCUUCAACUGCAUGGACUGGUUCCUGCUGCCCCCUGUCACAGACUCUAUGAUGCAGGAAGUGUCCACUGCUGCAAAGGGUCGCUUCAUAGGAGACCCCUCUUAUGUGUAUGAGUUGGACAGGCGAGGGCAGGCGGAUGAGGAGGACGUUUUGACCAAAGUCAACGAAGAGAGCAGACUGGCAGUUACAGUUCAUCAGAUCGACGAAGAAGCGUCUGUGAUACCACGUGGCGCCUUCGUCAAGAGUCCACAUGGCCUUGUUCAGAUCAACCGCAGCUUUGGUGGUCUGUCUCACUCAGAAGCAGGGAAGCUUGACAACUACCUUCACUUCAGUGAACCAAAGAGGCUGAAGACGAAAUCUAUCCUGGAAAUGGGUGACCUAAACCCAGCUAUUGACUUCCUGGAUGAACUGAGGGAUGACAUUCCUAAAGGAUCAUGGAGUCUCCAGUUUGAAUGUGCAAGCAACGUGUGUGUGCUGCGCAGCCUGUUGUGGCUCGGCCUGACCUCCUACCAUGUUCCAAUGACGCCACAGCAUGGAUACAUCUAUAUCGGUCAUGGGAUCAAGAAUUUGGACCUUCCCUUCAUGCUAUAAAGAGACAUCUUAUACCUAUAUCAAUCUACAAAGCCCUUAUGUUCCUCUGUUGUUCACAUACACCUGUAAGAUGUAUUAAAUGUAAAAUAUGGCAAGACUUUUUGUUAAAAGACAUAAACUAAAGAGGUUCAGUUUAGUAGUUUGUUCUCAUGCAUAGCAGCCAUUCCUAUACAAUAAACACGAUUUAUUUGCA